AUGGGAAAGAGGAAUAAGAGGAGCAAGGGGGAGCUUCCCCUGGCCGCCCCGGGCGAUGGCGACGACGAGCUCGUCCCCGACGACGACGACGUCGCCUUCGUCAAGUCCCAUCGCGGCUACGGCGCCUUUUUCGGCGAGAGGCUCGAAGUCGAGGGCAUCCGCGUGGCGACCACGAAGCGAAGGAAGAAGGGGCCGGAUGAGGACGACGUCACCGCGGAAUACGAGCGCGCGCCGCGAACGGUGGCUUCCCGCGCCGAGAACGGCGAGGACGACGCCCCGAAGACGCUCGCGCUCCCGGUCAAGCGGUUGGACGGCACCGUGAUCCACGCGCCCACCGCGCCGGCGCCCAUCGAGGGCGCGGGGGUGGACGAUAACAUGCACAACAUCACCCCCGCCGCGCGCGCCGCGCUCAAGAAGGCCAGGGAGGAGUGGGACAGGCACGAGAAGGAGUCCAAGGCACUCGACGCGUCCGAAGCGGGCGCCAAGAAGGGGAAGAAGGCUCGGAAAGCCGAGCAACUCGCCAACGAGCUGGGCAAGACUGAGUACCGGCAAAAGCUAACCACCGACAAGUGGUGGGACAAGAAGAAGGACGGCGAGGGCGACGACGACGACGAGGGCGACGACGAGGGCGACGACGGCGACUCCGAGGACGACAUGGACCCCGCGGCGCGCGCGAGACUGAGCCAGGCGAGAGCCGCCGCCGCGCUCGAGGAGGAGAUGUCCGCGGAUGAGCGCCGCGAGUCGGUCAAGGCUCGAGUCGGCGCGACGUGCCAAGGGGUCAUGGAGGACCCGGAGGGCAAGUGGGCGGACCUGAGGGAGGUGUGCAAGCUGUGCGAGGACAGGGACGGGCAAAUCGCGCGCCUCGCGGCGCUCUCCAUGGUGCUCGUGUUUAAAGACGUGUGCCCGGGGUACCGGAUCCGACCGCCCACGCCGAAGGAGCUGGCGAUGAAGGUGAGCAAGGAGACGCAGAAGCUGCGGGACUUCGAGGCGGGGCUGCUGAAGACGUACGGAAACUUCGUCCGAGUGCUGGUGCGGUGCGGCGGGGGCAAGGGGAAGAGCCGGUCGCAGCGCGGGAAGGGCGGACCGGACUCGGCCACCGCGCUCAGGUGCCUGUGCGUCUUGCUGGAAUCGCUGCCGCACUUCAACUACCGCACCGACGUCCUGUCGGCGCUCGUGCCCCACCUGAGCCACGUGGACAGCGCCGCGGCCGACGCCGUCGCCGGCUCCAUCGCCAACGCCAUCAAGGCGGACAUGCAGGGCGACACCACCCUCGAGGCGCUUCACAUGGUGGCGCAGCUGGUGAAGCAGAACAGGUGCUGCUGCCACCCGGCGGCGCUGUCGCCUUUCCUCGAGAUUAGGUUCGACGAGGGUAUCCUCGCGCUGGAGGCGCAGAAAGCCCCGGAGGUUCUCUCCAGGAAGCAAAACAGGAAGAAACGCGCGGACGAGCGGGAGAUGAUCCGCAAGGCUCGCGCGGAGAAGGAGAAGCGAAAGGCUGAGAAGGAGCGCAUGAAGUCCUUCGGUCACCGCGACGACUCGGACUCGGAGGAGGAGGACCUCGAGGCUCAGCUCGAGCGGGACAUGGGCGAGGCGUCGGGGCGCAUGGACAACGCGCAGAAGAAGAAGAUGCAGUCCCGGAUGCUGGAGGCGACGUUCGAGAUGUAUUUCAGGGUUCUCAAGAACGCCGCCGGCGCCAACCCGGCUCGCGGGUUGCCGCUCAUGACCCCGGCGCUGGUGGGCCUCGGCAAGUUCACGCACCUCAUCAGCGUGACGUUCAUGGCGGAUCUCAUGGAGGUGUUCCGCCAGCUCCUCGCGGGCGACGCGUUGAGCACGGAGCAGAAGGCGCGAUGUCUACUCACCGCGUGCGAGGUCCUCAGCGGCCACGGCGAGGCGCUGCAGGUUGACACCGGCGAGUUUCACCGACAGCUGUACGCCAUGCUGGGCCAACCCUCGUCCGGUUCGUCGGGAUGGGGGGGCUCCGACAAGCGCGACGGCUCAUCUUGUGACGGUUCAUCUUCCGCCGACCGCGGCACCCUGCGCAUCCGCGCCCUCCAGCGCUUCCUCGGGGGAUACUCCCACGUCGACCAGGGACGCGUCGCGGCGUUCGCCAAGAGGCUCGCGGGCGCCGCGCUCUGCGCCGAACCGGGGGAAGCCGUGGGGGCGCUCGGGGUUUCGCGGCAGCUCCUCGCCGCGUAUCCCCGCACCCGGUGUCUGCUCGAGAACGAGCGCGUGGGCACCGGCGUGUUCAACCCUGCCGUCGACGACCCGGAGUCCGCGGUGGGGCUCGCGGCGGUGCUGUGGGACCUGGCGCUGCUGAGGCACCACUACCACCCGGCGGUGGCGGCGGCGGCGGAUGAGGUGGCGAGGAUGCCGCUCGCGGGCGCGGUGCCCCCCGCGCUGGGCAGUCACGCCCCCGCGGAGCUCGCGAGGCUUCACUCCACGACGCGGGGGGACUUUAGGCCCGCCAUCCCGCCCCCAAAGGUGGGUAAGAGGGCGAGGACGUCGGUGCUGGACCGCCAGACGAGCCGGGGGGGCGAGGCGAACGUGCUGACGCCGGGGGACGAACUCGCGAGAAUAAUCGCGGCGGAGAGAACUCCGGCCGAUGAACGCGAUCGAUUGGCCCAGACCCUUCGCAGGCACUUCUGCGAGACGAGGGAGUUUGGCGUCAACGUGGGUCUGCGCGCAGAGGUGGCCAGGCUGAGGAGGAUGUCGAUCCAGGCGCGGGAGCGCGCGGAGGAGAGGCGAGCGGCGGAGGCGGCGAAGGCCAAGAAGGCGGAGAAGGCGAAAAAGGCGGAGAAGGCUAAGAGGGCGGGUGAGGAGGUCAGGGGGAAGAAAUCGAAGAAGAAGGUCAAGGCUUGA